AUGUCCGGAAGCGAUUUGGCCGCGGAUGUUGAGAAACAUCCCGUCAACAGAUACUAUGAGGAUAACUCCGGCGCCGUCCCCGGGGAGACUUUCGAAUAUGGCGAUUCUUGGUACGCCAGAAUGCAGCGUUUCGCUGGAAAGCUCAACGUCGAACAGCGAGGUAUCGAGCGAGUGCCGGACAAUGAGCGCACAGAUAACUCGUAUCUGAACGUGGGAAGCAUGUGGCUCGCCGCCAACAUGGUUGUCACAUCCUUUGCGAUCGGAGUGCUCGGACAAUCGGUCUUUUACUGCGGUUUCGUCGACGGUAUCUUGACCGUGUUGUUCUUCAACUUGCUCGGUGUCUUGACUGUCUGCUUUUUCUCCAUCUUCGGUGCUGAAUUCGGCUUGCGUCAAAUGGUGGUUUCCCGUUUCUGGUUCGGUUGGUGGGGUGUCAAACUCAUCGCCUUCUUCAACGUGCUCGCUUGUAUCGGCUGGKCGGCUGCAAACUCGAUUGUCGGCGCCCAAUUGAUCGUUGCUGUGAACCCUAAUGUGCCUGGUGCUGUUGGUAUUGUCAUCAUUGCCAUCUGCACUCUGUUCAUCACCUUUUUCGGCUACAAGGUUGUUCACGCGUACGAAUUCUGGAGUUGGAUCCCUACUUUCAUCAUUUUCUUGAUCGUCUUGGGAGUUUUUGCUCAUUCUGGAGACUUCUACAACGUCCCUUGGGAAGUCGGCAAGGCCGAACUGGGUUCCGUUCUCUCUUUCGGUGCAACGGUCUACGGUUUUGCUACCGGAUGGACUAGCUAUGCUGCUGACUACACGGUCUACCAGCCAUCUAACCGCAGCCGAUUCUGGAUCUUCUUCUCGACCGCCAUUGGACUACUUUUCCCUCUGUUGUUCGUCGAGAUGCUCGGUGUUGCUGUCAUGACUGCCACUAACAUCAACGGCGGUGACAACAAGUAUGCCGCCGGUUAUGCCGAGUCUGGCACUGGUGGUCUUUUGGGAGCCGUUCUCUUUGAUCCCUUGGGUGGAUUCGGCAAGUUUUGUGUUGUCAUCCUUGCCUUAUCCAUUAUCGCCAACAACUGCCCCAACAUCUACUCCGUCAGUCUCACUCUCAUGGUGUUGGCCCGCUGGACUCGCAAAGUCCCUCGCUUCAUCUACACCGUCAUCGCUACCGGUGUCUAUAUUGCCAUCGCCAUCCCUGGUUACUCCCACUACGAAACUGUGUUGUCGAACUUCAUGGACUUUAUCGGAUACUGGCUGGCUAUCUACGAGGGUAUUGCCAUCACUGAUCAUUUCGUCUUCAAACGUGGUUUCGGCGGAUACAGCCCUGAACUCUACGAUCAGCCAGACAAGCUUCCCCCUGGUAUCGCUGCCGUCUUUUCUUUUUGCUGCGGUGUUGCCGGUAUGGUCACCGGUAUGAGCCAGACUUGGUGGGUUGKGCCUAUUGCUCUUUUUGCCGGUGACGCUCCUUAUGGCGGAGAUGUUGGCUUCGAGUUGGGUUUCGCUUUCGCGGCGGUUGGUUAUUUGAUUACUCGUCCUAUUGAGAUGAGAAUAUUUGGACGAUAG